AUGAGCAAUGAGAAAUGUAUCAAACAUGAAUAAAUUCCAAUUUUCUACAAUACAUCAUAGAAAUUUUCUUUGUUUAAGAACUUAUGUCAAUUUUGUGUUGCUGAAUUUAAGAAUGAGGAGGUAUUCAUAAAAUAUUCAUAAUAUAGUAUUAGAGAUUAUAAAAUAUCCUAAUCUAAGAAAAUGAAGAAAUAUGUAGCAAUAAUUCUGCAUUGCUUUAUCAAAUAAAGGAAAAUAUGAUCUAACAUAAAUAAUAUUUAAUAGUUGCUUUAGAAUCAUUGAUUAAUGAUACUAAUUAAUAGAUAAAUCUAAUCAAAAAGUCAACAAAAGCAUUUAAAUCAUUAAUUAGUUAAAUUCCAAUAAUUGAUGCUAAUUAAUUUAUUAGUAAUUAUUAACAAAUUAAAACUUAAUUACCAAACUAUUAAAAUAUUAAAGACAAUCUAUUAAACAAAAUUUAUUUAUUUGAAAAAUCAAAUUUCAUUCAUGAAAUAGAAACAAAAUUAAAAUAUUUUAAUGAAGAUAACCUAAAUCAUUCAAUCUAUAUUAAUCAACAUAAAUUAGUUUAUGAUAAUUCACUAUAAAGUAAUAAAAAGAACACUUUUAGAUAUGAAUUGAUUUAGAAAUUUUCAAUCAAACAAACAGAAAUCUGUAAUACAAUAGCUAUCAAUAUGGAUUAAUAAAUAGUUGCUGUUGGAUGUUAAGAAAAAAUCAAGAUUUUCGAAUUCAUAGAUGGAUAAUUAAAUGAAACUUAAGUGUUAAGUGAACAUACAAAAAAUAUAAAUUGUUUAUCUUUUAUGGUACAUUCUAAUUCUUUAAUUUCUGGUAGUGAUGAUAAUACUAUAAGAAUUUGGACAAAAAUAUAAAAUAAUUUAUGGAUCUCUUUAUAAACUCUAAAUCUACAUAAAGAUUAAGUCUAUUGUUUAAUUAUUAAUAAUAAAGAGGAUUUAAUUAUUUCUGGAAGUAAAGAUAAAUCAAUUAUAUUUUGGGGAAAUUAAAAUGAAUGGUUAUAGAUAUAAACUAUAAAUGCUCAUAAAGAUUGUAUUUAUAGUUUAUCUUUAAAUGAAUAAUAAAAUACAUUAAUUUCAUGUGGUAAGGAUAAUACAAUAUUAGUAAUUCAAUAAGAAAAUAAGAUAUGGGUUGUCAUUUAAACUAUUAAAGUAGAAUAAUUUGGAUAUAGAAUAUGUUACAUUAAUAAAAAUUCCUUUAGUUUUUAACCUAUUAAUAGUAAUAAAUUAUAGAUCUAUCAAAUGAAUGAUAAUUUAUAUAGUAAAACUAAAGAAAUAUCAAUUAUGAAUGGAAAUAGUUGUGAUUUAUUUUUCCCUUAGAAAUUUAUCAAAUAGAAAUCAUUCUUAGUAAAUAAAAAUGGAUCACAUGUGAAUUUUGUGCAAUUUAAUUAGAAUUUUGAAUAUCUUAUGAAUUAUUCAAUUCAUUUUAAUAGUUCUUAAGUUUUUGGAACAUUAAGUGAGGAUGGUGAAUAUUUGAUUUCUUGGGAUAAUAAUUCAAAAGAAAUAUAAAUUAGAAAAUAUAUUCAUGAAUGA